GAAUUGAUGAGAUAAAACCUGAUCCACAAAAGGUAGAAAAAUUAGAAAAACUUCCAUCACCCAAAAAUAUUACCCAACUUAGAGUAUUUAUAGGACUGGCUUCCUAUUAUAGAAGAUUUAUUGAGAGAUUUGCUAAAAAGGCUGCGUCUUUACAUAAAUUAUUACAACAGAAUAUAGAGUUUAUUUGA